UUAUUAAAUAUUUUGAUUAUUUGUAUUUAAAAUAAGUAAUGAGAAUAUGGAUUAUAAAAUAUAUGCUGAUUGUAGUAUAAAUUGAUGAGUGAAGCUUAUAUAGUCAUUUAGAUUAUCUAUUAUUAACACAUUUGCGUUAACAGUGUUUUUCAUGUGAGACUCGGUAUUGACUUUUGGAUCGAUAUAUGAGAGGAUUGACAAAAACGUUACUAAAUUGAGAGCAAAAGAUGGCUGCAAUCAAUAUAUGGCCACUAAUUGCUUUAAUUAUAACAUCGGCAUUGGUUCCCGUCUUAAAUCAAUCGACAUUCAUAACCGUAGAUCCAUAUGAAGUACGGAAUCUUGCGCUCAGAUUCGGCAAAGAUAUCUAUGAGGGCAGCUCUGAGUCGACGUGUGUCCGAAAAAUUACACAAAAUUUCAAAGAUAUGAACGCAAAAGUCAUUUGGUUUGACUCAAACAAAAUGAUGGAAGAUAUGAGAAACGAUGUCAUCAAUACACUUAACUGGAAGAAACAGGCCGUCGAUAGGAUAGCCAAUGAAAGCCAAAGAUUGGCUGCUAAUCACACUUAUGACAAAAAUGUUUUGGUUGAGUAUUUAAAUAUGAAGAGAUUAUAUAAUGAGAGAGAAGGAGAGCCACCGUCACAUCAUAAUGAGGAUCAGGACGUUGAGUGGAAAGCCGUCAAAUUGAGUCUUCAUCCAAACUUCGAGACCUCUAACGUCAAUCUGGACUUAAGUGCCGUUCACGUGCCUAUCAAUGUCUAUGAGAAGGCACCCGAUAUUUUAAAUGAUAUCAAAUGGUCCGAUGCAUUGACCCCUUACUUCAAGAACAACCUGGCCUUUGAUCCCGGCCUUUCGUGGCAAUUCUUCGGCUCGAGUAAAGGCUUCCUUAGAUUAUAUCCAGCCACUCAAUGGAAAACAGAUGUGGAUUUUCUUGGUUGGGAAACACCUCCACCAGAUCUAUAUGAUUGUCGAAUGAGACCUUGGUACAUCCAAGGAGCCGCUUCACCUAAAGAUAUAGUCAUUCUUCUCGAUACCAGCGGAUCAAUGACUGGAUUGCGAAAUAAAAUUGCAAAGAAUGUCGUUUCAACCAUUUUGGACACACUUACCGAUGAUGACUACGUGGCUAUUCUUAAGUUUUCAGAUAACGUCACAUUUAUAAACAACUGCUUUGAUAACUUGGUUUUGGCUAAUGAAAAGAAUGUGAGACAACUUAAAGAUGAUGUCGACAAAGUCAGACCAACAGAAGUGGCAAACUUUACGUCUGCACUCAUGAAGGCCUUUGAUUUAUUACAGGUCUUAAAUCGUACGAAAAUGGGCUGUCAGUGUAAUCAAGCAAUUAUGUUGAUAACUGACGGUGCUCCUCUAACAUUUGAAGUAGUCUUUAAAACAUAUAAUUGGCCAAAUAUACCGGUUCGGGUAUUUACAUAUCUUAUUGGACGUGAAGUAACCGAUAGUCAAGAAGUCUAUUGGAUGGCUUGUCAUAACAGAGGUUAUUAUACACAUGUGGCUAAUUUGGCCGAAGUUAGAGAACAGGUUCAACAAUAUAUACCAGUUAUGAGUCGUCCCAUUGUAUUAUCGGGAGAAAGAAUAUUCUCGUGGACUCCAGUUUAUGCACACGUGUCGGAAGUGCCUCUCAGUGAUUGGGUUUGGGAAGAAAAAGAAAAACAAAUAAAAUAUAAAAUAUUACAACAACAACAACAACAACAAAAUAAACAAGAAAUGGUUAGCGAUAGUCAAACCAAAGAAGAUUUUGAAGAUUCAGAUUUAAAUAAUAAUAAAGAUAUAGAAGAAGGUAGCACUGAAACGGAUGGUUUUCUACCCAUUCCUACUAUUAUUGAUAAUGAGGACACUCCUAUUAAUACGGAAUCUGAAUUUCCAAAAAAAUCUACAAAACCUAAAAGAAAUUUACAAUUAAUGACAACAUUAUCAACUCCUGUAUUUGAUACUCGAAACUAUACGAAUAUUACGCGAAAAAUUCUCGUCAAAAAUGUCUAUCAAGACUCUGAACCGGAGACCAUCAGAAUCGCCAACUUAUUAGGUGUGGCCGGAGUUGAUGUUCCCAUUAAAGAGAUUGUCAAACUAACGCCAGCAUUUAAGUUGGGCGUCAAUGGCUAUUCAUUUAUGAUAACUAAUAAUGGCUAUCUUUUAUAUCACCCGGAUCUUCGUCCAUUAUAUCAAGAAAUGCUUAAACCUUAUUACAGUUCUGUUGAUAUAUCCGAAGUAGAGUUGGCUGACACUGAUUCCCGUUCUCGAGAAAUGGAUGAAAAUAUAAAUGAAAUUAGAGGUAAUAUGAUUAAUAGGACAGUUGGGUGGAAAAAAGUUAAAGUUAAAAUACAUUUGGAUUCAAUGAAACGUGUUGUAACUCGUGUUAAUCAUUAUAUAUACGGCAAAAUCGAUUUCACACCAUUUAGUUUAGCUAUAGUAUUGCCAGAACCGUACGGUUCUUAUAGAGUCGAGGGUCAGAUUGAAGUGAAAGUCAGACGAGAAGAAAACUUUACGCAUUAUUUCCGCGAAAACAAUUGGAAAGUCCAUCCGGAUUGGGUUUACUGCGAAUCUCCGCAUAAAAUGUCUGCUAUUUUACCCGAAAAUGCUGAAGAAGCUAUCACUCAAUUUCUUAAAACUGUAGUAAAUGGACAUAACUUUAGAUGGAAGACAAGUAGUACAAGACCUCAAGUUUAUGAAACCAUUUCAUGUGACAAAUACUUAACACAAAGUUUAGUGUUUGAUGCAAAAGCCACUGAUAUCGAUACGUCUAAAUGUGGAACCAACUCAUACUCUACCAAAAUUGAAGAUCAAAAACUAAAAAUGUUUGGAAUAGUGACAACAUUUGUGGCCACACGUAGUGGACUCACGCGCUUUGAAGACCAUCGAAGUAAAGAAGAAAAGAAAAAUAAUACAUUUGAACGACCAUUCUUUGAUCAGUUCACUCGAGCAACUGAAGAGUUAUAUUAUAGACGUGCCGUAGAUUUUCAUGCUAUCAAUGACUCUGCGUUUGUAUUUUCUGUACCCUUUGACUCUCAUCAGAUGAAUAGGGAUGAAGUAUUGGUUACUGGAAGUCAUGCUAUAUUUUUAGGGACCGGGAAGUCAAGUGCUCCGGUUGCUGUCGUUGGACUUCAAUUCAAACAUUCAGUAUUUGUCGAGCGAUUCCUUAACAUAACUAACAAAUAUUCUAAGUCUUUAUGUUCUUCCGAUGAGAUCGACUGCUAUUUAUUAGAUAACAACGCUUUCAUUAUAUAUAGUAAAGAAUUUAGUCAUACGGGGAAGUUCUUCGGCGAAAUUGAUAACAAUAUUCUGGAGAAAUUGGUGGACAAAAGCAUAUACCGAAAAGUCCAUAUGUAUGACUAUCAGGCCAUUUGUUUCAAAAUUAUUACACCUCCCAGUCCCGCAUCAAUACUAUUGACUCCAUUCAAUCAUUUGAAAAGUUUACUUCUCUGGACGUGGUCUCACAUUUUAAGUCUUUAUAUUAACAUUUGGUAUAAUUCAUGGGUAAUCAGCUCUCAAAGUGAUUAUGAUUAUGGAUCGGAUUCUGAUGAUUAUAAUGAUAAAAGUGAUAAUCAACCUGGUAAUAAGAGCCUACCCUACCCUUGUGAUAAAGAGUUUGACUUAUAUGAAAUUGUAAGUCCAUUGUCUGAAGAACCCAUUCAAGGCGAUGAUAAUUGUGGACAAAACUGUGGCCGUCAAUACACUGUACAAUGGAUUCCUUAUACAAAUAUGAUAAUGGUUGUCAUACAUAAAACUUGUAACUGCGAUCCCAUAUCAACCAUCAAAUUUGAACUCAAAGAAGUUGUAUAUAAUGUUAGUUAUAGUUGUCAUCUAUUGAAGACAGAGUUGCCUCGUAAAAGACCCGUCAGUUGUCAUAACUAUCACCCACAGGAAAAAGAAAUCAAGCAAUGCGGCAAAGGAUCACAUUUAUAUCCAUCGUUUAUAUUUAUAUAUAGGAGUGAUUUAUAG